GGUCUUCAUCAAGUACAGCUUUGUUAACCUCAAAGGACAUGUUCGGGGCAAAAGGUGCACAUUCCUCCACCACACGUUUCUAGAGCUCCUAAAUCACAGUAGGUGGGAUACGAAUGUCUGGAAACCAGUCUCCUGCCUCGGAUGGUUGCAGAUUCAUAACAAAACCCUAUUAAUCCUCAUGUUUCAGUCACAGAGAUCCAACUUUGGUCACAAAGUGUGAAAAUAAAAGAAGAGAACAAGAAUACAUGUGGACAAGGAAUGUCAGUCAGCUUUGAGGAAAACCAUCUUGACAGAGAGAUAACUCAACCUUCAGGCUUCAAACCAGCUUUGAGCAGAUGAACCUGAAAAGCUCUGAAUCUCAUCAUACUCUCAAUAGUCAAUGCUCAUGAGCUUACGAAAGAAUGGCUUCUAGGGUUUCUCGGUCGACGUGAUGAGUCAUCGCAGGGAUUCCACCACCGAUGCAGUCCACGUCAUACCCACCAACGACCCUCCCCCGGAGAAUCCGUUUCCCAGUCCCGUAUGGGCCGCCACUGAGGAUGACUACAGCCGUGUCUCUGCUCUGAACACCGAGGAAACAGAGUCUCCGUGGAAGAAAGCACGCGGGUCUCCCUCUUCCUCCUCCUCCUCCGAGAUCGGGAAAGCCUUCUUCAAGACCAAGCUCUGCUGCAACUUCCGCGCAGGAAGCUGUCCGUACGUCGCGAGCACUUGCCAUUUCGCUCACAGCGCGGAGGAGCUCCGCCGUCCGACGGCGGGGGAGAGUGUGAGACCGUACAAGGGAAGGCAUUGCAAGAAGUUUAACAGCGGAGAAGGGUGUCCUUACGGAGAAAGCUGUACGUUUCUACACGACGAGGCUUCGAGAAACAGAGAGGGCUUCGCCGUUAGUUUAGGCCAUCGUGGUGGAGGCAAUGUUGUUGCUGCUGCUUCUCCGAAUUGGAAGACAAGGAUGUGCAACAAGUGGGAGAUGAGUGGGUAUUGUCCUUUCGGUACUAACUGCCGUUUUGCUCAUGGAGCUUCAGAGUUGCAUAGAUUUGGUGGGGGACUUGUGGAAGAAGAAGAAGUUAAGAUCGGAACAUCUUCCACUCUUGACACAAAGAAGACAGGACAAGCUAGUCUUGCUUCUCCUGGAGUCAGAACAUCUAAUGCCGUUACUCAGAAACCCAACGGAGUCAGGGUUGUAAGGAAAUGGAAAGGACCGGAUAGAAUCAGCCGGGUUUAUGGUGAUUGGAUCGACGAUAUUGAAUAAAGUCUCUGCCUUUUAUUACAGUCUGAUGACAAAGAUCUUUUUUAGAGUUCUAACUAUGUGAGAUGUAUUAGCUUGUUGUAAGACAGAGCUCAUCUUUUUUUGUUGUUGUAUCAUCUGAUUCUAUUAUGCCAAAUCCUAAUUCAGACCAAACCGAAGUAAACCGGGGCUA